ACUAUCAACGGCUAUAAAAGACCACCGGGAUUAUAAAGCUUCAGAAUGCUUUUCCCAACCAACAGACGUUCAGUAGUUGUGCGGUAGACAGCGACAGCAGAAGGAUAUUGUAGAGCGCGUUUUACUGAAUCAAAGAAGAAAACACAUUUGAAAGGGAUUGAUUUUUGAAAGGUUUCCAAGAUGAGAGAAUUUUUUUGCCUUGCCAUUCUUUCUCUUGUGUAUUUCGUUGUGGCUAAACCGCUGACAGAGGACCGAAUUGAAAAACAAAACAACCAACUUGCCACAUUUCCAGGCAGCAAAAAGGACGGCAAAAGUAACAAACUAUCCGAAACAUUAAAGAAAUUAGAUGAAAUUAAAGCAACGCCAGAUGUUCGUGACGGCGACGUUCCAAAGAGUGGACUGGACGAUUAUAUUAAUUCAGAUAUUGAAAGUAACCCAUCUGAAGAACGAUUAUUCGACUUAGUUGCAAACGAUGAGCAAUUUCUAACAUUCCUGAAAACUUACAUUCAUGUGAACAAGCCAGAAUUGGAGGCGCAUGCAACUGUCUAUUUCGACCAACAAGCUCUAGAACGCGUUGCCAAGCUUGAGAAAAUCUGUGAAAUCGACGAAAAAUUUGGUCAGUAUCUUGAGGCAUAUCUAUCUUCAUCUGGCGAUCGAAUUAAAAAUAGUGCUACGUCGCAACGUUCUGCGUCAGCGGCCGUUCAUUAUACAAAGUUCCAAAAGCGCAAUGGCCUUUCCGCAGCACGGAAGAAAAGAUUCAUCAGUGGCAUCAGCGGCAGUUCACCAACCGUAGAGGAAUUGUUAGCGAUGUUAGAACACCAAAAGCAAAACCGUGGCGGAUAUGGAAACUCAAGCUCGCGUUGGGGUCGGUCCGUUGGUAGCCGUAAGUCAACUCGGCGGUCAAAGCCUAAACUUGCCGAGGAACUCUUAGAUUUGUUACAAAAGUACCAGAGGAAAGCCAACGGUUUCGGUGGCUCAGCGUCGCGCUGGGGGAGAUCCGUGGGGGAUGCGUUAACAACGAUAGAGCAGUAGCACUUGAACACUGGCACGUGCCGGAUACGCCCACUGUACUUUCUACGACUG